AUCUUCUUCUCCUACGCCAUCGGACUGGGUGCCCUGACCGCACUGGGCAGCUACAACCGCUUCCACAAUAACUGCUACAGGGAUGCCUACAUCCUGGCCGUGAUCAACAGCUCCACCAGCUUCUUUGCCGGCUUCGUCGUCUUCUCCGUGCUGGGCUUCAUGGCCUCCGAGCAAGGCGUGGACAUCUCCAAAGUGGCCGAGUCUGGCCCCGGGCUGGCUUUCAUCGCCUACCCCAAAGCUGUGACGCUGAUGCCCUUGUCCCCGCUCUGGGCCACGCUCUUCUUCUUCAUGCUCCUUGUGCUGGGGCUGGACAGCCAGUUUGUCGGCGUGGAGGGUUUCAUCACGGGCAUCCUGGACCUGUUCCCUCAGCCGGGGGCUGGCUCGCUGCGCCGCGAGCUCACCGCUGCGAUCUGCUGUGUCGUCUGCUGCCUCAUCGACCUCUCCAUGGUCACGCAGGGCGGCAUGUACGUGUUCCAGCUCUUUGACAACUACUCGGCCAGCGGGAUCACGCUGCUGUGGCAGGCUUUCUGGGAGUGCGUGGUCAUUGCCUGGGUCUACG